AUGGGAGUUCAGAAGAAGACCCGCAAGUUCGCGACGGUCAAGAGAAUCAUUGGGCAGCGUGAUGCUCGAUUGAAGAAAAACCAGCAGAAAGCAGAAACAGAAAGCCAGAAGAAGAAGGAUGAUGAAGUGAUUCGGGAAGUGCCUCAAGUCUCGUCGGCGCUCUUCUUUCAAUAUAAUACUGCACUUGUGCCUCCAUACAAUGUUCUGGUCGAUACCAAUUUCCUCUCUCAUACAGUUCAGAAGAAGCUUGAUAUGCUUCCUACCAUGAUGGAUUGUCUCUAUGCCAAAUGCAUACCUAUCAUUUCAGAUUGCGUUAUGGCCGAAUUAGAAAAGCUGGGUCCCAAGUACAGAAUCGCUUUACGUAUAGCAAGAGACGAGCGGUGGGAAAGACUCAAGUGUGGUCAUAAGGGCGUCUAUGCUGACGACUGCAUUGUCGACCGGGUACAACGCCACAAGAUUUACAUUGUCGCCACGAACGAUCAGGAUCUGAAGCGAAGAAUCCGAAAAGUCCCUGGUGUACCUAUCAUGAGUGUCGCCAGAGGCAAGUACGUGAUCGAAAGAUUACCAGACGCCCCGGAGAAGUGA